GGCGGGGCCUCGGGUGGAGAGCGGGGAGGAAGAGGGGGAGGCGGAGCCACGGGGCUGGGCGGAGACUUGGUCCCCAGGCUGCGGAGGUGGAGUCUCGGGGCCCCGCCCUUGGGGGAGGUGGCCAGCGGAGGAGGAGGUGGCCCCCAGCCCUCAGGCCAGCUUGCCCGCUAGCUGUUCCCGGCUGCGCAGCGCCCGCCAACACUGCGGUCCGUCCCCAUGGCCUCCCCCCGGGAGCUCACCCAGAACCCCCUGAAGAAGAUCUGGAUGCCGUAUAGCAACGGGCGGCCGGCACAGCACGCGUGUCCGCGCGGAGUCUGUGUGACCAAUUGUCCCACAUUGAUCGUCAUGGUGGGCCUGCCAGCUAGAGGGAAGACCUACAUCUCUAAGAAGCUGACACGCUACUUAAACUGGAUUGGUGUCCCAACCAGAGAAUUUAAUGUUGGCCAGUAUCGUCGAGACCUGGUGAAAACAUAUAGAUCUUUUGAGUUCUUUCUUCCGGACAAUGAAGAAGGCUUGAAAAUCAGAAAACAGUGUGCAGAGGCAGCCCUCCGAGAUGUCAGGCGGUUCCUCAGUGAAGAGGGCGGACAUGUAGCGGUUUUUGAUGCCACAAACACAACGCGAGAACGCAGAGAGACCAUCUUUAAAUUUGGAGAGGAGAACGGCUACAAGACCUUCUUUGUUGAAUCAGUCUGUGUGGAUCCUGAUGUCAUUGCUGCCAACAUUGUGCAAGUGAAGCUGGGCAGUCCCGACUACAUUGACUGUGGGAAUGAUGAAGCCACAGAAGAUUUCAUGAACAGGAUUGAAUGCUACAAGAACUCCUAUGAGACACUGGAUGAAAAUCUGGACAAGGAUCUCUCCUACAUUAAGAUCAUGGAUGUGGGGCGGAGUUACCUGGUAAAUCGAGUGAUGGACCACAUUCAGAGUCGCAUUGUUUACUACCUCAUGAAUAUUCAUGUGACCCCUCGAUCCAUCUACCUCUGUCGCCAUGGAGAAAGUGAACUGAAUCUCAAAGGAAGGAUAGGUGGGGACACGGGACUGUCCCCAAGGGGGAAGGAGUUUGCUAAGAGCUUGGCCCAGUUCAUUAAUGAUCAGAAUAUCAAAGAUCUGAAGGUUUGGACUAGCCAAAUGAAGAGGACAAUUCAAACUGCAGAGGCCCUGGGUGUCCCCUAUGAGCAGUGGAAGGUUCUGAAUGAAAUUGAUGCGGGUGUCUGUGAAGAAAUGACUUAUGAAGAAAUUCAAGAGCAUCACCCUCUAGAGUUUGCACUUCGGGAUCAAGACAAGUAUAGAUACCGAUACCCAAAAGGAGAGUCUUAUGAAGACCUCGUACAGAGACUGGAGCCAGUAAUUAUGGAGCUGGAGAGGCAGGAGAAUGUCCUUGUGAUCUGUCACCAAGCCGUAAUGCGCUGCCUGCUUGCCUAUUUUCUAGACAAGACUGCAGAACAGCUGCCUUAUCUCAAGUGCCCGCUGCACACGGUUUUAAAGCUAACCCCAGUGGCCUACGGUUGUAAAUUGGAAUCCAUAUUCCUGAAUGUUGAAGCUGUGAACACACACAGAGACAGACCCGAGAAUGUAGACAUUUCAAGACCUCCAGAGGAAGCCCUUGUCACCGUCCCUGCUCACCAGUGAACCUGUGUCCUCAUCAGUCAUCAAACUUGUGGUGCAGUUUUCAUUAUUUUUCAUAAACUCAAUCAUUCAAGUCACUUUUAAAUCAACUCAAUCAGUUGUCUUCGAGAGACUUUCCCCUAAGGGGCUCAGCUCCGAAGGAGCUUCCCCAGAGUUAGGCAGGCCCCUGUUCUGCGUCAGUCAUUAGAGUUAAUUUGCUGACUCAUCUUUUCCAGAGUUUUCUAAUCAUCUAAUUUUUCCGCUCCCGUAUUUGGACUCUAAUGUGCAGUAGCAGGCAGACCUGUCUGAAGUAUUAAACUCUGCCACUGUGAAACCUCAUAUCUUCUGUAGGACGGACUUGAAUGUUAGUAAAUUCCCUGGGUUGAUUGCCCUAGGGGAGAGCCAGUGCCAUUUCCUUAGACUGCCUUGUCUGCUGAGCUGUUGAACUGGUACAGUUUGCUGAUUGGCAAAAUUCCCAAGCAGUAUCUCCUGGGGAGGGGACCAGCAGGCUUGUCCAACUCAUCCUGUUGCCAACAAAGAGCCUUCCCCUGGUGGUGUUUGCCUUAAACAGCGUCUUUCCACUGAGUACCCUCACUUUGGAGGGAUCCAGAUCUCCUUUCCCUUUUAAACACUUGAAAUUACCUAAGCUCCAUAAGGCAGGAGCUGUCGGUAGCCAGAUUCACCCUCCAUCUCCAGCUGCAUUGCUAAGCACUGUACUCCAUUCUGUGACCGGAUUCACCCACUGCUGACUUGUAUACAUACUGAAAUCCCAGACAGCAAAUUGACAGCUGUCAUCACUCCCUCCUUGACUACGCACAUCCAGUUUCAUGUGGCAAAGCAUCAGCCAUAUGAGCUUUUGCCGAGUGUUUACACACUGAAAUUCACCCAGGGCUGAUUUUGUAUCCACUCUGAAAUUCAUAAAGGGGGUGACGGCCCCCUAUUGAUUAUACACACACUGGAGUUCUUAUAGGCAAGCAGCAGCUAUAGUCACCCUGAGUCAGUUGUGCAUACAGAAGUUCUCACGAUUUUAUAUAUAGUACUGAGAUUAACAUGGUAGGGUGACAGCCAUAGUUCUCACUUCCUGAGUGUAAUCACAAACUGUAAUUCACACACGAAGGUAGAUGGUGCCUGUAGUCACCCCUUGCUAACUAUACUCAAACUAAAAUGCCUCAGAGGAGAAAGAGAUGUGAAUGUGACCAGCAUCAGAAAAAUUUCUCCUGCACCUUUCAAGUCUUUAGCUGAAGUAUCUUCCUGUGGAUCAGAUUUGUGGCUUGAGUCCUUCCUGAGAGAUGUGGAGGUCAGGGCUGGGGCCAGAAGGUCCCAAGCACUUUAUGGAAGGGUCAUGGCUGUGUUUUAUGUGUCUAUGGAAGCUUAAUAAAAAUAAUAACCCCUCACAAUUGUCCAGUGCUUUCCCAUCCAUUCUCUUCUUGGAAUAUCACAGUACCCUGUGAGGUUAGCAGGGAAGGCUGUUUUACAAAUGAGGAAACUGAGGCCUGUGAAGGUGAAAAUGACUUAUAGUAAGGUCACAUCAUCAUGAGUUCAUGGGGGACUCUGAACUUGAACCCAGGUCUCUUGAUUCCUAGCAUAGAAUACUUGAAAAUCUCCUUUACAUGGGUUUUUCUGCUUUACAGAAGCUUUGUAGAGAAAUGAAGACAUGCCCUUGGCAUUGGGAAUAAAUUAGUCAAAUGGCUUUUCAGCUAUCCUGAGAAACUACACAUAUGGCUUAUUACUAGGAAAGGAAACUCUAGAAGUGGUUGUCAAGGGAGAGGGGACCAUAGCCCUAUGACUGUAUGACAGGGCCUAUGUGGCCUUUGGUAGUCCAUCCUCUGAGUCCCCUGAGGUUUAGUCCCAUAUAAGACCUGCAGGAUGACCCAAAGGAGAGUGUCUUCCAGAGAUCACUAUCCUUCCAGACACUUUCUGCUGACUGUGCCAUUUGAGAUUCUUAGGAACCAGCUGGUGCCUCUGCCCUGGGCCAGAACCUUUUCUCUUAGAAAACCAACUUCCUGGUAUCCUAGACUCCAUAGACUAAUCAGUGAUGAGUAGCCCUCAGCAACCUAUGGCUCCAUCAUUGGCCACUGGUGCAGGUCACACACAGACCUGUCAAUGACCAUUGUUGUCCUGGGUCAUAGAGCUGUCCUGAACAGCCGUGAGUUCCCAGCAGCAGGAUCAAAUUGCUGCUUCUUUGGCAGGCGCCACUAUCCACUGUGACCUUGGUCCAUGCCUACCUUCUUUGUUUUCCUGUAGCCAUCUGUGCCUGUUCUCAGGGGCAUUAGCAUGCAAUUGGCCUUGGUCUUAGACUGGAAAGACCUGGGGUCUGAGGCCAGAGAGAGGUCAGGAGGGAACUCUAGGAAACCUGGGUCAAGUUUCCCACCUGCCAGGAGGGGGAAGGUGCUUUUCUGCCUGAGCAAGGACCCCUUCCAGGACAGGCAACUGUCUCACAAGGCCAUGUUUCAACUGAAAACCACUGAGAAAAAAAAAAUUCCCACUUUCUGUUCCCUCUGUAUUUUAGCCUAUAAUACCUGAACGACGUACACCUUCACAGGAGGCCUUUCCUGUCUUGUUUUGUUUUUCAGACCUAAUUGUAUUGUAUCUUGUGCAGAUGGUGCAUGCAUUGUAUCAGACUUUAAUUGCAAUAAAUGUUCCUUGGAAUCCA